AUGAAUUGCUUCGAGAAUGUUACUUUACCUAGUUGUGUGUGGUUUGAUGGCGGGGAUAAACGGAACACCUUGGCUUCAAUGUUUGCUGGUAUUUUGUUCUUUGCUGGAUGGUGGUUCAUCAUAGAUGCAGCUUCAUGCUACCCAGGAGACCUUCCUAAUGCAGCUCAUGUGUGUGGAGUUAUGGCCACUCUGUCACUAGUGAUGGUCAAUUCUGUCUCCAAUGCACAGGUGCGUGGUGAAACAUACACAGGAGGCUGUAUGGGCCCACGAGGAGCUCGGCUGUGGCUUUUCCUUGGUUUUGUGGUGGGCUUUGCCUCACUUAUUGCUGCCUGCUGGAUAUUGUUUGCUAAUUAUGUAAAUGCAGGUAGCAAUAAACACACCUGGCCAGGAGUGAGUUUGUUUAUGCAGAACGCGUUUAUAUUCGCCGGGUCGCUGGUAUUCAAGUUUGGCCGCACGGAAGAUGUGUGGGGAUAA